AUGCAGUAUAAGGGGAAAAAUAAUCCAUCUACUCCCGUAGAAGAGGAAAGCAAAGAAAAUAACCAAAUUGAAAAGGAGAAACCAAGUACAAGUAUAGCGGCUGUUUCGACAGACAAAGUCAACGAUGUAGUGGCUGGGGAAUCCCCCUUUACUCCCCACCGCCCGAGAUUCAUUUAUUGGCUUACUUACUUCUCUCUCACUCCUUCUCUCUAUUUUCUCUUUCCUAUUUUUCUCUCUCUCUCAUUCUCUCUAUUUUUUCUCUCUCUCUCCUUCUCUCUAUUUUUCUCUCUCUCUCUCUCAUUUUCUCUCAACGAUACUUUUAAUAAUGCGAUCUUUAUAUUUUCUUAUUACAAACGAUUCUGUUCUUUGCUCAAUCACAUUUUACGUUUUCUUCAAAGUUUUUUUUUCUUCCUUUUAUUCGUCCAACUCUUUCUUCUCGUUUCUCAGACGUUCUUCUUUAUAGUUGGUAAAUCUCGUUCCUUUCACUGUCGUCUCCUCGUUCCUUUUUCUGUCGUCUCCUCGUUCCAUUCACUGUCGUCUCCUCGUUCCUUUCCCUGUCGUCUCCUCGUUCUUUUCUCUGUCGUCUCCUCGUUCCUUUCACUGUCGUCUCCUCGUUCCUUCUACUGUCGACUCCGCGUUCCUUUCCCUGUCGUCUCCUCGUUCCUUUCCCUGUCGUCUCCUCGUUCUUUUCUCUGUCGUCUCCUCGUUCUUUUCACUGUCGUUUCCUCGUUCCUUUCACUGUCGACUCCGCGUUCCUUUCCCUGUCGUCUUCUUCCUUUCUGUCUUUCAAUCAUUUUCAUAAUAUUGCUUUAUUUCUAUUUCCCUCUUUCUCUUAAGCUCUGCUCUUAUGAUUUAUUAAUUAUCACUUCCUCUCGGUCUUAA